AUGGUUAAGCUUUACCGAUCCCAAACAAAAUUGACGACGAAUAUAACAAAUUUCUACGACAACUCGACCGUCAAGGACUUGCUCGAGUACGAAGAGCAGCUAGCCGGCGAUAGCUACUUCAAGAACGAUGUAUACUCGCUAGUUGAGCUGGCGUAUAGAGACGAGAAAGCGCGCCUCUUAACGCGAAUUUCGGAGCUCAGGGGCCCCGCGCCGUUUCCUGGUCAACUUCCCGCGCCUAUAAUCAACGCUAAUGCUGCGGAGCAAUACGCGUCUUUGCCGCGGAUUGCUCUGCCCACUUUCUCGGGUAAACAAGAGGAAUGGGAGAGCUUCAAGCAGCGCUUUUCUUCGCUUGUCGUCUCGAAGGCCACUGUCCCGCCGAUAGCAAAAUUGCAGCACUUUCUCAAUGCUGUGCAGGGCGCCGCUGCGCAACGUCUGAAGGGUAUCAAACUCACAGACGCAAACUUCGAGGUCACAUGGACAAAGCUACCUCGUCGCUAUGAUAAUCCACGCAUACGUUUGUUUAACGCUAUCGAGAGCUUGAUUCAGCUUCCAGCUGUUAAAGCUCCCAAUGUUGCGGAUCUUAACGAAACAAUGGAUCGUGCGGAGGAAUCGGUUCGCGCGCUAAUAGAUCUCGGUUGCCUGAUCGAGCAAACUAAUUAUUUUGUUGUUCAUUGCGUCAUUCGUAAGCUCGACUCAACGUCUCGCGAGGCGUGGGAAGUUUCACAGGAACGGACGGUUGGUUUUCCUUCAUACGCAGAUUUAACCACUUUCCUGGAGCGCCGAAUUCAUGCGCUUGAGCAGGCUCACGUCGGCCCGCAGUCGAGCGACACCGGAAAAGCUAACUCGGCAGCAAAACAAAGCGGCGAUCGUUCUAAACGCGUCGCGGCGAACGUUGCGCAAACGGACGAGUCCGCCGGAACAACAAAGAGCUGCGUAGCUUGCGAAGGCAAUCACUACCACCACUCGAAGUUGCACCUCAAGAGAAUAGCAAAGCCGCGCAACGAGGAGGUUUCCUCGCGCGCUAGCGCCCCUCGCAAGGAUGACAAUCCUUCGGACGAGCCUGCCGGCCCUCCUGUUGCUGCGCACAAUGCAUUAGUUGGUCGCACAAUUCUUCUUGCGACCGCUGAACUAAUCGCGAUUGGCCCCAACGGCAAGCGGCUGCGCAUUCUUGCUCUUGUUGAUCCUGGAGCCGAGCGCUCCUUCAUUACGCAUCACGUGAUCUCAGAGCUGGGACUUCCUUGUAGUUCCGUGAAAAUCAAGGUCGUCGGAGAAGGCGAGAGCGCUUCUUCUACAGCGCACCGCGAAGCUGAACUCAAAGUGGCACCCCGAGGCGAAUCCAACUUAACGAUCUCGGUCUCGGCGUUAGUGUUGCCUAAGCUCUCUCAGCCUCUGCCUUACAAGCAUGCGGUCACCUCGGAAUUGCCUCAUAUCCGAGGGCUUAAGUUAGCCGAUCCACAGUUAUUCGAGUCUCGACAGAUAGACUGCAUCCUUGGUGCUGACGUCUAUCCGUUGGUCAUUAAAGAUGGGACAAAGCGCGGUUCAGCGGGCGCCCCUUUAGCUCAAAACUCCGCUUUCGGAUGGCUGCUCACGGGCCCCCUGGCCAGCGUUGACACAAGCAACACGAUGCACAAGUUUUGGGAAAUCGAGGAGGCGCCACGCAAAUCCUUGCUCACGAGCGACGAGAGCAAAUGCGAGGAGUCGUUUCAUCAGACUUCUUUUCGAAAUGCCGACGGCCGUUUCGUGGUUAAGCUGCCUUUCCAAAGCACGCCAAAGUUUUCCGCCUCUCGAGAUAUCGCCGCUGCUUGCUUCAUUCGCUCCGAAAAGCGCAGACAUCGCGAUAGCGAUCUCAUUGAGUCUUAUGGUAGCUUCAUGCAGGACUACAUAGACCAGCUGAGACGGCCCGAGAAUCCAAGUAAGGUGCGCGUAGUCUUCAACGCGUCGCAAAAGGACUCAAACGGCGACUCGCUCAACGACUUGCUGCUGGCAGGUCCCAAGCUUAAAGCGGAUAUCGCUCAAGUGCUGACGCUGUGA